AUGCUCUUGCAGAACGCAGCAAUCGAGGACAAUGUGGAGACAUUUGCCGAGAUGGUGAGAUCAAGCCCGCCGCAAGACAUGUCCCUUCUAGGUCCGUCCCUCCCCGUGCGGUUCGAGGUAACAAGAAGCGACGAUACUAAACCAUGUUAGCUUUCUACUAUGCUUUAGAUGUCAUCUCCCAGUCCACCUUUGGCAAGAGAUUCGAGACUAUGCGCAACCCGCGCCAUCGCUGGAUGUGCAAACAUCUCGAAAGAGGCAACAGACACAUGUACUUGCAGCUAGCUUGGCCGCGACUCUUCAAGGUGUUGGCAAUAUUCUUCAAUGAGAACCGCCUCACGUAUCCGGAAUACCAUGAAGAAUCGAAGAUGUUUCUGAACCUCUGCCAUUCUCAUCUCGAAGAAGGAUUGAAGAGGAAGGGCCAGGGCGAACCGAUCUAUGAAUUGAUGAAGGCCGAUCAACCGAAGGAAAUAUCGCAAGACGAGCUCUAUGUGGAUGCCUUCUCGUUCAUGCGUGGUGGUAGGUCUCGGUCGGAUCCAGGCGAUGUUGGUGUUGCUAAUCCCCUCGACUAGGCGGUGACAUGGUAGCGGUCACCAUCGCGGCUGCAUUCCAUUACAUCACUCAAGAUGGCGACGUCCUGCAGAGGCUCACUGCAGAGGUUAGAAGCACAUUCGGUACCAGUGAGACUCCUUUCAUAGGUCCAAAGCUGGAGUCCUGUAGGUACCUCCGGGCCUGCGUCGAUGAGGCUCUCAGGAUGGCACCACCCGGUCCUGGGGUGUUCUGGCGCACUUCUUCAGCCGACCUCAAUAUCGACGGCGUGAGGCUUCCAGCGGGGACAGACUUUGGCUGCAGUAUCUUUGCACUACACUACAACGAAGAGAUCUUCCCGGAGCCGCUAUCCUUUCGGCCAGAGCGAUUCCUCGAAGCAGGCGCGAGGGAUGGGGGAUUCAUGCCGUUCGUGAGAGGCUUCCGGUCUUGUCCGGCGCAGAAGCUGGCGUAUCCAACGAUACUGCUGCCGGUUGCGCGACUUGUGUGGGAGUUUGAUCUCUCUGCGGUGCCACAGACAACACGCAAGGACCCGGUUCCAAUCAAGGAGUACUACCGCGAAGUCUUCGGCAAGAACGAGCCCGCUCUGGAUCAGCUGUACCUGCAAGUCGAUGUUUUCGGCUCCAGGAUCGAAGGUCCGGUGCUCCGCUGUGCACCUCACGGUUAG